GGUAGCACGAACGUAGUGUUUAAAUUCUCUUUGGUCGGUAGUCCUACAGCCUACCUACUGGUUGUUAAAAUCGUCACAAUUUUAAAAACAUGGAACUUUACGGUGUUUUUACAAACGUAAUUCCAUUAUUAUUGCUUCUUAAAAUAUGCUUUAUAGAAACAAUUAGAGCAUCUCGUGCGGAAUAUGUAACAUGCGGAACAAUUUUAAAACUAAUGAAUACGGAACUAAAACUAAGACUUCAUUCGCAUGAUAUCAAGUAUGGAUCGGGAUCUGGACAGCAAUCAGUCACAGCUGUAGAGAUUACCGAUGACCACAACAGUCAUUGGGCAGUGAGAUCAAUAUCAGGCGAAACUUGUAAAAGAGGGGCUCCAAUAAAAUGUAACACUAACAUAAGACUUCAACAUGUUGCUACAAAAAAGAAUUUACACUCCCACUAUUUUACAUCACCCCUCUCUGGCAACCAGGAAGUGUCUUGCUAUGGGGAUGAUAACGGGGAAGGAGACAGUGGGGACAACUGGACUGUAGUGUGUAACAAUGAUUAUUGGAGGCGAGACUCCCCUGUCAAGUUCCGACAUGUUGAUACUUCUGCUUUCCUAGCUGGGUCUGGUAGAACAUUUGGCCGACCUAUCAAUGGGCAAGGUGAGAUUGUGGGUGUCUCCUCGCAGUAUGGGCCAUAUUCUGACUGGCUAGCAAAGGAAGGACUGUUUGUGCAUCCCAGUGAUAAUAUGCUACCGCAUCAUGCCGCAAUACACACAGAACUGUAAUGAGCUGGGGCAGUGUUUUGUAUUUUUGUAAAUGUAUUAUUAAUAUGACAUUAUGUGAGAGUUCCUUAGUUCAAUUACUAUAAUUAUAGAAGUAGAUAAUGUGUGUACUUAUUAUGUAUGAUCUAGCACGAUGUUUUAUUUAUAUAUUUUUUGCAAAAAUAAAGCUUUGAGGAAUAAUAAUUGUACUACUACAAAUUCAAAUAAAAAUGCCAAAGUGUAACUGAUCGUGUAAAUCUAAACAGUUAAUUAAAAUGUUGAUGAUAUGUAUGGGUCUCCAUGAGUAAUGCACAAUUUAAUGAUUUGUAAUUAUUUAUUUCAAAUAACUUCACAAUGGAGUAAUAAAAGUAUGUUAUAAGGAAAAAGUGGUUUCUGUUAGAAGUUAAUUCAUCAUUGUUUGUGAUAUGAAGCACAUCACAUUAACUGUAAUACUCACUUCCAUCUCUGUAAUAGCUGAUCAAGUAUACAAUAAAUUUUUAAUGGAUAAGAGAUAUCAUAUGAGUGACAAACAACAAGAAUCUAUAAUCUAGAAAAACAGUUGUAUGGAAUACUUUAGCCCCCUUAUUCAUAAUGGUCCGCUAACUUUAAACAGCCGCUAAGGAGUGAUUUUUCUCAUUCUGACUUAGGUCAAUAGAAGAAGACAGAGUGAGAAUUAGCAAUGCUUUAAGUUAGCAGACUAUUAUGCAUAAGGGGGUUAGACACAGUAGUGUAAUUAAUGUAUUAAAAUAAAGUUUUAUAAAACUAAAUAAAAGUCUACAAAUUAUGUUUAAAUUGUAGCACUCGGCCACUCAGUCAUGGUGCUAUUAUUAUUUUAAUUGAAAUAUACCCUCACAAUUGAUAUUUUUACUAUAAUUAAUACUGCCCAGUCACAGGUCUCAGGCUGUGAUCUAAAGACCUACUUACACUUUACUUUGGUAAAACUUAGCCAGGUGCAGAAUCAGUGUUUUUUUUUUUUAAUUUAGCUGAAUUUAUGCUGAGCUUUUAAGCUAAAACAACCCAAUCUUAAAGUCAAGUUCGCUAUCAAUCACACUCAUGUUAAGUUUUAUGUAAGUAAAGUCUAAGUUGCUCUAUAGAUCUCAGACUUAGGGCUAAUGUUCUUUACAUUUUCAUAAUAUUAACAUUGACACAACUGUGCUAUGUCACAAUGUGUUCCCUAAAUUGGGAUUUUCACUGUCCAAGUGCACUCAUAACAGUCUAAGAGACAUCAUCUAAGAGCUAUCAGUUUCUGAAAACCCGCUUAGUGUGUCACAAAACACAUACUUUAUAUUAUGCAGGCAAUAGUAAACUUUUAAUAGUUUAGGUAGUUAGACAAAUUCAUUAAUUUUUUUUUUAUAAGAUAUUUAAAAACCUGAUGUGUCAUUCUACUUAAUUUUGUUUAAGUUAAUUAGCAAUAAUAACAAUGUGUUAACAACAAUCAUCAUUAUAUUAACAAAUUACAUUAGAAACUAUUUUGAAAAUGUACUUAUUGUAUAUCAAUUAUUAUAUGAACAUAAUAAUACCUUAAUUUGUGUCAAAGUUGUAAGUUAAUUAUCCAAUAAUAGCAGUUACAACAUUUGUUGGUUGUUGGUUACAACACCUCAUUUGACAAUCCAAAUUAGUGGAAUAUUGAACCUUGCUAAACAAUAGGUCAAAUUAAUUCUAAACUAUCCUAAUGUCUUAUCUACUACACUGUUGAUUUUCUCCAGGGCAUAUUUUAAGUUUGUAUAAAGUUUCUUAUCACAGCCAUGUUCCUCAAUGGUACUGAACCGGAAUGUUCUAAAGUUCUUGUCGACAUCAAUGUAGGUAACUGCAGACAUCAGUGGACAGAGGAUUAUCUUUGUGUGAUCUUGGAAGUUUAUCUAUAAGAAAAAAAAUAAUUGAUCAAAAAGGCGCAUUAAAUAUAUAUAGAAAUCACAAAUACGGC